GUCGAGCCCACGGAGCGCUUCACCCACCAGAGGAAAAGCCCCUUUCUCCCAGACAGAACCAUGGCAUAGCAUGGAAGGCAUGACAGGUGAGUGGAUGGAUGGGUGAGAGGUGAGAUACGCAGACAGAGCAUAGCAGCGCACGAAGGCAAGAAGGCAAUACAGCGGGUGAUCAGAGUGGCUAGUCUAUCCCUGUACGUGGACUCACAUCGCUUCACAUGACUGACAUCAAUGGCCGGCCGUGUAGUAUGCACACACACCCCACACCACCACACCCCACACACCCAUGCAGCAACUACCGUCUUGUGGCUGGCUGACACACCAAGACAAGACACCAGGCCACCCCCACACGCACACACACGGCAUGUGGGGCGGCUGGUAGGGCCUCUUCUGGAUCGGUUCGUUCGUUAUCCGUUCGCUCGUUCGCUUACAAACUGACUGACGUUGACGGACAAAGAGACCGGAAAAAAGCUUACAUAGCUGAAAGCGAUUGAGUGAUUGAGUGACUGAGUGACAGCACAGCCUAGCUCAGCGUGUUGUGUUAGUGCCAUGCCACGCACACACGCACUCACGCACGCCGCGCCACGCCACGCCACACGGACAGACAGACAGUCAGCCAAAUCAGUCGAUCAGCCAGGGAGGCAACACAUACAUAACAUACACAACACGCACACGCCGCCAGCAGUCGGCUGCCGUUACUCGGCCUCCGACGGUGGUGCCGUAGCGCUCUCCUGCUCGCCGUCUGGUGGCGGGAUGAGGACGCCGUUGACGAUGUGCACCACCGCAUUGCUCGCCUGCACAUCCGCCUGGAUCACCUUGGCACGGUUGACAAACACCUCACCGUCCACCACCUGCACCGUCAGAGGAGAGCCCUGGAGCGUCGUGAGGGUCGCGGGGCCGUCGGCAGCCAACUCGAUGACGUCUGCGGCAGUGAAGGUGCCGCCCACGACGUGGUACGCGAGGACGGUCUUGAGGUCGUCCUCGGCCUGGGGCUCGAGCAGAGCGUUGUAGGUCUCGCCGAGGCCAGUGAACGCCUCGUUGGUGGGGGCGAAGACAGUGAACGGACCUGCACACACAGAGGGAUGGGUGGGGGUGUGGUCAGUGGGGGCCUCCGUGUGUGUGCGUUGAUGUCAAAAUACCUACCGUCUUGGCUGAGCAGUUCCGAGAAGUCGGCUGCCUCGACGGCGGUGACGAGGCUGGAGAGCUCGGGGGUGGCCUGCGCGACGUCCAAGAGGGCCGGCAGCUCCUCUGCUUCUGGGGGCGCAGCCGUCUCCACCUCAGGAAGCUGCGCGGGCUGCACCCAUUCAUCCAUCCAGCGCACACACACACAUAUGCCCAUUCACACCAUACACACAUGUCCGCCACACUCUCCUCUGUGUGUGUCAGUCAUGUCAGUCACCAGCUGCGGGAUGAGCACAGAGUCGACAAUGUGGACGAUGCCGUUGGACGCGGUGAUGUCUGGCUGGACCACCCUGACGUUGCCAUUGAUGAGGAUGUCGCCGUCCUCCCCGGUGACUGUCACGGUCUCCUCGGCCCCCAGGGCGGUGCGGGUCUCGAUGACCUCGGCCUCGGCCAGCUGGGCGGUGAGGUCCGACGAGGUCAGCCUGGCCGGGAUAACGUGAUACUUGAGAAUCUGCGACAAAAUCUCCGUGUCCGCUGAGAUCUCCUGGAAGUUGGGGAUGGCUGCGAAGGCCUCGUUGGUGGGGGCGAACAGCUGAGUAGUCAUUGCAUCAAGGCAGAGGGCAGGAAAUGGACAUCAGAAUCAGACGUGCGUGGUUGCGGUGUUGUGGUGUGGUGACGCACUGUGAUGGGUCCAGGGCCGCGGAGGUCUUCCAUGAGGCCGGCAGCCUCCACGGCAGCCAACAGGGUGGACAGCCGCUGCACACACACAACACACACACGCACACGUGUAUUACUUACAUGAAUGUGCGGCACCACACCCACCCAGAUCUGUCCCCUCCCGUGCUAGAUCUGCCUCCCCUGCUCUCCCCUCCAGCCAGCCGCUCACUCACCGGCUCGCUGGCAGCCAGGUCAGCGAUGGUCACACUCGGCGGCGUUUCCUCAACAGGUGUUGCAGGCUCCGCCAUCGGUGUAGGUGAAGGUGUGGGAGCGGCGGGAGGGGUGGGCGUGGGCGUGGUGCUGCCCUUCUUGCCACCGCUCGGGGGCGGCUUCAUCGUCGACUCCUUCGUCGGCGGCGUGUAGUCCUUCUUGGUGGGCGGUGAGGUCGGCACAUCCUUCUUGCCAGUCGUCGGGGGCGCGUACGUGCCCUUCUUGCCACCUGAGGGUGCUGCGUAUCCGUGUCCAUAGGACGACGAGUGCCCGUGGUCAUAAGUGGAGUAGGUUGAUGAGGUCUUGCCGUAUGAGUCCACCGGCACGUACGAGUCCUUGCUGUAGUAGCUGCUGUCAGAGUACCGCAUGUUCUUCGUGCCGCUCGCUGCAGCGAGGGCGAUGAAUGCAAGAAGAACGAUCACCGUGGCCGCCUUCACCAUCAUGCCUGCAGGGGACACACACGCACUCAGAGAUCUGACGAGUCAGAUCACGCACUCAAAAGAUCACCAUCAUGCCUGUCCCGCAUGUGUUGUCAAGUCAACGGACCUGAAUUUCAGUGCGAUGGGUGCGAUAGUGCGAUGGAUGGGGGAGGGGUGGGCGUGCGGGGCGACGGGCGGGACCGCUGAGGAGAUCAAGUACAGACGAAAGUAACAAAAACGGGGGGCGGCCGACGUGGUUCACACAACGUGCAGCUCCGCGAGGCCUCUCAACCC